AUGAAGUUCACUCUUCUUGUAGCUGUUGCUUUCGUCCCUGUAAAGGCAGAUGGACCUAAAAAAAAGAUCCGCAUACAUCUACCACAGAAAGUGAAACAUAUACACCAUCACAAGAAAAUAUAUAUAACGAACCACCCUGCGCCCUCACAGUAUGCCCCGGCGUACAUGCCGAGUGCAGAGGGAACAGUGGCGGUACCGACAAGCGUUUUGCCAGCUAUGGCAAAUAUUGUACCUAUAAACUCGGUGGACUUUUACGAUGAGUCGCAGCCACGGUUGCCAAAUAUAUCUCCGGCAGCAUCGCAGCUCUUACCUUUGUAUCAUGCACGUGGAUACUAUGGACCGACCCCUACUGACCUGAUAGACGAAGCAGAUUACGACACAGCUGCAGAUCAAAAUGAAUACGUUCCACAAUCGUUUUCAUCGCCUUCGGUAGUACAUUCGCCUAGUCAUCCUCCGAAAAGAAUUAAGAUUAUCAAAUUAAACGAACAACCUCGUAAAAAAGUUAUAAGAAAAGUUAAGCCAAAACGAGUAGUUAUAAGAAAUAAACCUCAACCACCGCCGCCACUAGAGGAACAUCCAGUAUCAGUUUUUCAUGAACAAUUUUAUUCGGACGUUGGUGGUUCUGGAACUAUAAGAAAGAUAAGGAAGCCACCACGAGUGGAGAAAAUUGUAGACGGUGAUACCGAACACAUCCAUACUUAUAGCGAAGAACAUAUACAUAAAGUUGUGUUGGACGAUGGGCCCAAACUUGGUGGUGUAGUUGGUGUUGAUCACUUUAAUGGUGUGCGUACAAUUACGGGUGGACAAAGUAUAAUUCCUUUUAAAAACGGUCAGACAUUACUUGCCAUUCCAUCUCAUUCAAUAGGUAGUUUAGCGUCUGCUGGUGCAUUAGGAAAUCCGGCAAACUUCGAAUAUGCUGCUUAUAAUCCAAGAGAAGUCACGCACGAUCAUAUAUUUCAUGAUCAUGGAGAAAUCUCUUCAGAUGCAGAUAUAAACAAAGAAGCUUUUGGAUUACCCCCCAAAGUUUCUUAUAACAGUAAUGGUCUUAGGAUCAGCGGAACACAAAAAAGACAAAAACCUAAAAGCUUUCAAAAAAGUCAAAAGUAUUCCAAGCCAGCGUCAAACGAUUUUUCAUACUAUGAAAACAUUUACGCACCUAGCAGUAGACCAAAUAAAAUACAGAGACCCUCAUUAACCGUACCAUCAUUUGAAGUUUCUGACGAGGGAAAUUUUGAUGAAUAUAGAUCAGUUUCUGAUUUUGGCUACAAAGAAAAUAAAAAACCACGAAAUUCAGUAGCUACUUAUUAUGGUAAAUCAUCAAACGAUUAUCGUUUGCAACAAGCAAAUGCACCGUCUCCAUUUUCCGUUUCGUCGACUGUAAUACACGAAUAUAAACCUAAAAAGUUUUCUGGAACAGCUGCUGUCCCAUCAAGCUUAACAAAAAUAAGAGACCCGUACCUUAAUUUCGAUGAUAAUUACGCAAAUAACUUUGAAUAUGAUACGUAUGCUUCUUCAUCAAAUAUUUAUACAUCAGAGGACAAAAAUGACAUUGAAUAUAGCGGUCAGAGUAAAAAAGGAAAAAAAAAGUCCAUUUCUACGCAAAACAUUAGUUUUGGUGGCCAAGAUCACAUAACAUACGUCGACCAUGUAAAAGAUGAUAGGUUUUUAGACGAUAUUGACAGCGACGGACCAACAGCAUUAGAAAGUGACAACCAAUUUGAUCAAGCUCAAAUAAGCGAUACAGAUACAACUGGAACUUAUACAGUAAAAGAUUCAUCUCCUACGCAUCAAUAUUUUUCCAUGAUGGCUGCAAAGACUCUGCAUGGUGAACAAAUAUCACUUCCUGAAGCUUCGAACAAUAAUUUUCACUACGCUGAAGCACCAACAGCAUCAACAACAGAACACGCUUCUGUGACGACAAUGGUCAUGCCGAGUUCAAAUCAUUAUAAUUUUCAAAGUACAGAAAAACCUUACACAGAAUCUACGAAACAUGUACCUGACAUGAAAUCGGCCAACAAAAAUAAGGAUGCAGCACAUCGACCCAAUUAUAGUAGUAUCCUGAAUGAACCUCGGGAUCGUGUUCCGUUAAAAGAGCUUCAAACAUCGGGAAGGGGCUACAGGUCAGAAACAAUAGAAAAUCAGGAUUCCGUCCCUUUACAAGGUUCUUCAACUGUCAGAGGAAAACUUAAAUAUGGUGACAAAAUUUAA